UUGGUGUGUGCGGAGGUCGCAGCGCGCCGAGGUGACGGGAUCUCCGCGGGGCCUGGGCCCGUACCGGUGCGUGAGCUGGGGGGCGCGGGGCCGGUGCUGCCCCGGCUUCGCUGAGCCUUCGGGUGUCCGCAGGGCCCAGCAUGGGGCUGCUGACCGAGCUGGCCCGCGGGCUGGUGCGGGGCGCCGACCGCAUGUCCCCGUUCACCAGCAAGCGCGGCCCCCGGAGCUACAACAAGGGCCGAGGGGCCAAGAAGCCGGGCGUGCUCACCUCCAACAAGAAGUUCAUCCUCAUCAAGGAGAUGGUGCCCCAGUUCGUCGUGCCCGACCUGGAGGGCUUCAAGCUCAAGCCCUACGUCUCGUACCGCGCCCCCGAGGGCUCCGAGCCGCCUAUGACGGCCAAGCAGCUCUUCACCGAGGUGGUGGCUCCUCGCAUCGAGAAGGACGUGAAGGCAGGCGCCUUUGACCCCAACAACCUGGAGAAGUACGGCUUCGAGCCGACGCAGGAGGGCAAGCUCUUCCAGCUCUUCCCCAAGAACUAUGUGCGGUAGGGAGCUAGCGGAGAGGCUCCCGGCACGCUGGGAAGAGCAUCGCCGGGGUGUGAGACGCGACCUGCACCAGCAAAUGCGGGACAGUUUCUGUCACUGGCUAUUAAAAACAAAUCCUUCCACUUUGUGUUUCUGCGAUGUCUGAUUUAAAUUGCUGUGAGGAACAUGGGGGUUCAUUUCCCACCCCUAAGCAAAGCGUUACGUGUGUCUUGCACCCUGUGUGCAGUUGUGCCGUGGAAGCAUGUGGGUGUCCUGCUCUUGGAUGAGAGCCGAUUGACCAGGCGCUGAUAACUAGCAGGAGGCAGUUUCUGCCCAGGCUGCUGAAACAUCAUUCCUUCCUUCUGGGAAGGAAUUCCUGUCUUUGGGAACAAGAGAGGAUGAGUGUGGAGUUGCCCGGCCGUGGGGAGCCAGCCACUGCAGCCGAAGGGGGAAUGCUUCCGUGGACUGACCCCCCCAUCACUGAACCAGGAGUGAACCUCCAACGGGCAGCACCCGGGCCCUGCGCUGUCUCCUGAGAAACCUGUAGCUUAUAUUGAAUGCCACAAUUAUUCCCGACUUUCCCAAGCCUUAAAAACUCCUCUCUCUUUUAGAGUAAAUGCAGAUGCAGUGAAUAGGCAGAUUUAAUGUCUGUUCCUUAGAGGUGUGGCUGCUUGAAGUUACAAGGUAACUGUUUAAAUUUGAAACGUAUCCCACCAAUUGUUAUUUUUGGACACAUACUCCUAGAAGAGCAGUGUCCUGCUGUUCAUCAAACUAAAUGGGUACAAGUGAUAUUUCCAUAGGCAGUGUGCAGCUGUUUAAAGUAGAAACUGCUAAAUUCCAAAUGUUGUAAGUCAUUGGAAAUAACCUGUUUUCUCUGACACACAAGUGCUGGGUCUUUGAGAAAACGAUUCUCCUGUGAGACAGUUCUGUGUCUGGAGAGCGUACGUGGGAGGGGGUUCGCAUGAGGUUUUUCUAAAUACGAACUACUGCGUUAGAGAAUCAACUCGCAAUUAAAAUGUUUACUUUUGGAGAAAGAAA